CUUAGACGGAUAGCACGUCACCUCGCCUUCCCAAAUUUUCUCCUUCUGCAGUUCGAAUCCAAAACAUCUAUCUAUAGUGCAAGAGAACGGGGAGAAAGAUGUUUAACUCGGUUAAUCUGGGCAACUUCUGCUCACAGACGCGAAAAGACAGGACUUCCGAGUUCGGAGACAGAGCGAGCUGUGCGUCCAACCUUUACCUCCCCAGCUGCACCUAUUACGUCCCUGAAUUUUCUGCCGUCUCUUCGUUCCUGCCACAGGCCCCGUCUAGGCAAAUCACCUACCCUUACUCCACGAACCUCUCCCAAGUGCAACCGGUUCGGGACGUUUCUUACGGUUUGGACCCCUCAACUAAGUGGCACCAUAGAGGGAACUAUGCGUCCUGCUACUCAGGGGAGGAACUGGUACAUAGAGACUGCCUUCCGCCAUCGUCCACCAUGACAGAAAUGCUGAUGAAAAACGAAAGUGUCUACAGUCAUCACCAUCAUCAACACAACCACCCAAGCUCCAACCACCUAUCCACGGGCUUUUAUUCGGGUGUGGGGAAAAACCACGUUCUUCCGCAGGGCUUUGACCGUUUUUUCGAAAGCACACACAACGCGACGGAUAACAGCUCGACAGAGAACUGUGCUCAGAACGGCGACUCCAGUAAACUGGAUUCGGCGUCGCAGCCGCCUGCCGCCCUCCUCCACAGUGCCACAGACCCCGAGAAAGACCCCGAGAAUGAAGAGGAAAACAUUAAUUCUGGUUCUUGUGCUUCUUCAUCAGGCAAAAAAGACGACAGCGCCAACAAAACAAGCCACUCGAGUAGGUACCGAAGCUGUAAAAAGGUUAAGGGACUAUCCCGGUAUUUUUGUCGGUCAGAUUUUAUGUGGAGUUUUAUAAGCAUUCAAAGGAUUUUAUUAUAACUCACAAAGCUCUUUCUUUCCAACAAGAAUAAUGUUUACGAUGAGAAAGCGCUUUGAAAAAAACGAUAUGUUACACACAGGCAGCAGCUCUCCCAGUCUGUGAAAUUUUAAGAGCGCGCUAUUGUGACAAACGCUAACUUUGAUCAUGAACUUGCGCUGGGCUUUUUAAGCGAUGUUUCACCAGGCUGUCGAGGGUAAAAAGCAAUUGAGCAGAACACUGCUUUUGGGCGUCCUGUGAUUUUUUCCCUUCUCAGCAGCCUCCUGUAAAAUGUAGAAAUGCUAUUGUGUUGCUACUCUGGACAGGUUGCUUUACGCAUUAACAGCAGCUAGCCUAUAUGUUUGAUCGAGAUUUAAUGUAAAACGUAAUAGCCUGAUAAUAGUUGUGAUAAUCAUAAUGUUUUGUUUCUUUGGGACCUAUGCUCUUUUCAAAAUGUGCAUCUGUAUUGGCAACCGUGCAAGUAAGCUUUCCUAGUAUUUCAUUUAGUAGACUAAUCAAUUAUUUAAAUAUUUCAAGCGUUGAGAUUUUAGUCUAGGCUAUUCUGUAAAUCACCAACAAACUCGUUCUGCUUUGUUAUAGUCCAUGUAGAUAUGAUAAACCAAUGAGCAUCGGUCAGUUGGUUAAAAUAGGCUAGAUAUAAUUCUCUCAUAUUCAUUUGAAGACUAAUAAACAGUGGCUCCCAGUCCGUAGGCCCAAGCGCCCCCAUAGUGUCAUGGAAGAAUUUGUCUCUAGCCUAUAAUAAUAUCCCACCUAUUUGUUUGGCAGUAAUGUUAUCUAGGUAUCCAGUGUUAAUUCGCUGUAGAUGAUCGCAUUAUGAUAUGAAAUGAAGGUAAAUAUUUUCCAUGAUAGCCAUAUAUUCCCAUUUAUUAUGACAGUGUGUUGAGUGGGGAAAGUAAGGGAGGUAGUGAGGUGAUAAAAAGUGCAAUGUCUUAUGUCGUUUCGUGAAUAGCGUUACAAAACUCGUCAGAGAUUUUAUAGAGAAGGCUGAUUAUAGUUGUAUGUUACAAGGGGAUGGCACUGAUGGGCAUGUAUUUAAGGAUACAGAGAAAGAAAAUGAAUGUGCAGACUUGAGGGUAGGCUAAGUGUUUAGGACACUUACAUUUUAUCAAACUUAACACACCUACGUUCUGAAUCCCCACACGUUUCAUCGUGCAUCUUAAUGCUUGUUUUAUUUGAAAAGAGUGUUGAAUACACUUGACCUUACAUUCUUCUGAUUAUUUGUUUUAUAUUGCUCUAAGGUACACCACGCACGAGGAAGAAGAGGUGUCCUUACACGAAGUUCCAGAUUCGAGAACUGGAAAGAGAGUUCUUCUUUAAUGUUUAUAUCAACAAGGAGAAACGGCUGCAGCUCUCCAGAAUGCUAAACCUCACUGACCGUCAGGUCAAAAUCUGGUUCCAGAACCGCCGAAUGAAAGAAAAGAAAUUAAGCCGAGAUCGGCUGCAGUAUUUUGCUGGCAACCCCUUAUUGUGAACUAAACUCUAAACUGGUAGCUUUGGUGAGAAGUAAUCAUCAAUAUUAUCAUCUCUAAAACUGACUUGCCUUUGGAGGACAUGGUCAGAGUCGACUAGCCAAAAACAAGUGUUAGGUAAUUCAUGGGAACGCUGGGACUGGAAAGAAAGAUAAUCAGUUAUUAAUAUCUUUAUGUUUCCUUAUUUUGUUGAACCAAUAACAAGAACCAGCAUAAAACAAGACCUCCGAGAAAGGUAUCUCUGACAAUAGCAGAGCAGUGAAGGUUAACUAUUCCUUCAGCAUUUUUUCCAAUGAAAGAUUUAUAUUCACGCGUUUGUCACAUUUGGCCAAACAUUUCAAACAUUGUAAUCGCAAGUAGGACAUCAGUAUUUUUAUUUUGUUUGAUUAUAACCUAUUUCGAUUCACUUGUGAAAUUCUGUCUUUCCAGUGACAUUUCUCUCUUUUACCUCUGUAUUUCAUCAUUAACCUUUCUUUGUGAAAAUGAUUUUGCUACAAACUGAACCGACAUGAGGACAGCCUCACAGACCAUUCUUCAUAGAUAUGCAGAUAUAUAAACAUUUUUGCAGCAACCAAGAACUUGGACACGAAUCAUCGGUCCCAAAUUAUUAAUCUCCCUUGAGACUGUAUAUAUAUAUAUUUCAUUUGUUUAUAAAAUGUUAUCACUUAACCUAAUUACUAUCUUUGCAAGAUUUCAGAAAAUAACUUACGAGCUCUAGGGCUACAAGCUCUUUGACUCUAGUGAGCUUUUUGUUAAUUGCUUUCCGUUUACAUGUUAUGCAGUAUGAAGAUAUGACGUUGCAUAGGCCUAUAUGCAUCAAGUGAAAGAAUGUAACAUAAAAAUAAACGAAUAGUGAUUCUUAAAUCAA